ACAAGUUUCUUCCUAACCAUUAAAGAAAACUUCAGUAGAAAAGCAUCUCAGCCUGAGACUUCUUUUUCCACCAGAAUCUCAUUCACAUUCAUUCAUGGAAGAGUCUUUAAAUAUGAAGAUCAUCAUCUUCAAAUCCUUACCCACAAUAUAGAGCUGAAUCCAGGCUGCUUUUUCAUGGCUUCUUGCUGCUUUCCUGAUAUAUUGGUCUGGAUUCAGAACCUUCCUCCACUCCAUGAAUGGAGAACAAGCACCAUGUCCAUCUGCAUAUGCUCUCCAAAUUCAAGUGCUCAGCCCUCGCUUAAUCUCUCCAUAGCCAAAACCCUUCUAAACCCUUCUGUCUCCUUCUCUAUCAUUGCAGAUUUCCAUCUUCCCAUCUCGCUUUGGACCUCCAAACCCUUCAAACUCAGCCUCAAAUCCUCAAGAUUACUAGAUGAAGAAACCACUUCCAGACUUCUGUCCAAUAUCAUUGAGGAUAUCCUCGGCUAUGGCUUCAAUAAAAACAACUCGUGGCUCAGAAUUCCCAGAAUAGAUUCUGUCGCCAACUUCAAAGACAUCUUCACUCUCUCAUUUCACACCCUCACUUUUCUCAUAUUAAUCUAUGAAGCUCCGGCGGAUCUCCGGUCGAAGUGCCUUACCAAUCUGAAGAAUCAACUAGCAGUCUCUGAGUCAAGAGAGGCAUCAAAGCUUCUCAUGAGAAUCUUGGGAUCCAACUUAGAGGAGCAGUGGAUGAGAUCCAUAAAUCUCGCCAUUACUAACUGGAUUGUAGAGCUCCAAGCUACUGGCCAUGCCCUUAAAACCCCAUCACCUCUAUUUUCUUAUGCGAUUUCAACGGUUGGGAUGUGGAAAGUUCAGCUUUAUUGUCCAGUAAUAGCCAUGGAUGUUGAAAAUCCGAGCAGUUCUUCACCUGAUGAGCGGAUGCUCUUCUCUCUGAAUUACCACCAGCUUGAGGGUGUGAUCCAGUUUAACUACAGAGUUGUGGUUCGAGAAAGGUGGGUUGAAGUGAUGGUGAACAUAGAUAAUAUAAGGUGUGAUGUUGUUAGACUUGUGAGUGAGGCUCUCAUGACAGAGCGUGGAGUUGGAGUAGCAGAAAAACACUUCCCUUCACGGAUAUCUCUGCAACUCACCCCAGCUCUUCAAACCAAGGUGCUGAGCGUAUCAGUGAGCAAAUCUUCUGAGAACCCCACAAGAGAAAUCGGCUUGGAGAAGACGAUAGAAGGUGGGUUUGAUGGCCCCAGCUCCUACUUGGGACUUAAGGUUUCAUCUGCAGAAACCAUGACAAUGAGCUUGAAGCCAUGGAAGUUUGAGGAGUCCGUCCAUGGCUACAGCGCAAACUUGAAUUGGUUUCUUCAUGAUAGCGUUGAUGGAAGGGAGGUCGUCUCUUCAAAGCCUUCAAAGAUUGCCCUCAUCCACCCAAAAGCUUGGUUCAAAGACCGAUACUCCAGUGCUUACCGGCCUUUCACCAGGCAGGGAGGAGUAGUUUUUGCAGGCGACGAGUAUGGAGAGAAUGUGCGGUGGAAAGUGGACAGAACCGCCAUGGGGAAGACAAUGGAGUGGGAGAUAAAAGGGUCGAUUUCCUUGACAUAUUGGCCUAAUAAAUGCAGAACCUUCUAUAAUGAAACUAGGAGGUUAGAAUUUAGAGAAAUCCUUCGUCUUACCCUCGGUUAACAGAGAUCAACUUUACUUCACUUUGUAUUCAAAUCGAGAGAUGUUUCUAUCACAGUGUUAAGUAUUUUUGUAGCUCUA